AUGAAGAAGCGCUUGGAUCAAAGGAAGGACUUCUGGGCAGAUGAGUUAGCCUCGGUUCUGUGGUCCUACAAAACCACACCACAAUCUUCUACCGGGGAGACGCCUUUCUGGCUUACCUAUGGUGUGGAUGCGGUUAUUCCCGUGGAAAUUGGGGAACCGAGCCUACGACUACUCCUCAGAGGAAGCGAUAAAGUGACUCAGGAGGACCUGAUAGACGAGACCAGGGAGAUAGCCCACUUGUCAAAAGCGGCGCUGAAGCAAAGGUUAGCAUUACGGUACAACCAUAGGGUCCAAAACAGGAGGUUUGAAGAAGGCGACUUGGUACUGCGAUGCAACGAUAUCGGCCCACCAACUCCGGGAGAGGAAAGCCCUCCCCUAAUUAGGAAGGCCUUUACAGGAUAA